AACUCAAGUUAGUGGCAACAACCAUCGAGAUGUGGCGCCUUCAUUUGUUCCUAAUCCUCUCCACCUGCUUCCUGGUGCCCCACUAUGCCAAGCCCACGAAGCGAUCCCCAGUUGGAUUUUCAUCGACCACGCUGGCCUCGCUGCUUUUGGAAACGGAAGCUGGCAAUGGAACCACGGAUCUACCCACAAGUACCGAAACUACGACCCUGAGGACUCAACGAGUGACAAACAUUGGACGAUUGGCCUCCAAGGAUCUGGCCGAUUUGCUUUUGGCCAGUAUGCAGGCACGGGGUGCCAACUUGACCUCCUUCCAGGAAUCCACCAUGAAAUCGCUGCGCAACGAGGCGGUCAAGGAUACGAAGGGCAACAGUGUGUUCCUGCAGAUUGGCAUGGAUGUAAUCAUUGACAUCUUGAUCGGAGCUCGUGAUAACGCCACUUGUGAAAGGAUCAUCCAGGACAUCGAUCAGUCACAGGACCGAAACAGCCUGACCUUAACACUGAAAUCCUUUUUGGCCCUGUGCUUCUUCAACGGCAUCGAAUGCGCUAACAGUGAGGUGAGCCAAGUGAUUAAGACCACCCACUUGCGCCAGAAGCAGCAAAACAAGAUCGUUCAGGAUGAUCAUCAGCAGGCGGAGGGCUCGGGUCUUCGCACCGCCCGUCGGGUGGGCGUGGUCAAGGACGACCGCAACUCGGUGCUAAAAUUCCUGCAGGCACGCAACAUCAACGAACUGUCCGCUAUCCUUAAUACUCUGCUGCAGGUGUGCGGAGCCUCGGGCGGCGAGGCACACAAAAUUAUCAGGAAUUUGCGAGAGAUGGGCCCCGAUAGCGUCAGCUUGUUGCAAGUGAACGCUUUCAGCAUGCUUUCCGUAUCACUUUUGGACAGUCUAUCGACCAUUGCGGAGGGUAAGACCAGCGGGUUGUGCUCUGCCGCCCCCGAAAGCUGGAUCGUCCGUCUGCUGUCAAUGGGCGUGGACAAAGUGGUGCUAAUGGGCCUGAUGACCGCCCUCGAUCGCACUAUUGUCAACUCCACUACCGCUGAACUUACUAAGGCCGCAGCGCUCAACAGCAUCAACGGCGGCGAUCUUCCCGACUUUAAGUCCAAGGUUGACCAAAAGACAGCGGCCAAGCGUGCCAUUUUGGAUUCUGGCGUGGGUAACGACUUCAACCUGGCACCAUCAGUUCAAAACAUUGGCAAUUUCAACACUGUUAAUGAGCUCAUUAACGCCGAAGUGCCAGUUGGAGUUUCUCUCCCUGUGCUGGAUGACAUAAAAGGAACUGGUUUCACUGGCAACACCCUAAAUCAGGGACCUCGUGUGGUGAACAAAGGAACAGGAAACACUUUUAACAAUUUGGUGGGCGCUAAUCUUCCGGUUUUAGUUGAUGCUCCGAUUUUGUCUUCGAGCGACAGUGGAAGUUCCAGUUCCUCCUCUUCGAGUCCAUCUACAAGUUCGGGAUCUUCUGGGUCUUCAACGUCGGGAUCUACUGGCUCUUCGGGUUCGGGUUCCACAACUUCUUCCUCUGGCACACCUAGUUCUUCUGGCUCGUCCGUCAUUGGCAACAAUGUGAAUGGAGGAAGCAAUUUCGUAAUUGGAAAUAAUAAUUUCAUUGCCAAACUACUUGAUCUUGGUCUGCCGAUCUCCUUGGCCGCUCCGGUUUUGAGUAUCAUAAAUCAGGGCUCUUCCACUGGUUCAUCUACUGGUUCUUCCUCUGGCUCUUCUACUGGUUCAUCUUCUGGUUCUUCGGGCAUUACUUCAACUGGUUCUUCGAAUGGGUCUUCAAGUGGCUCCUCUGGCGCCUCAGUGGGAAAUAAUGCUAACAUCGACCCCAGAGUUGAUAUUGAUGGAAAUAACAACAAAAUUACCGAGGUCGUUGAUGCCAACGUUGAUGUAUUGGCAAAUGUCCCGGUCCUUAGCCAAAUAACUGGAGCUGGCUUUGCAAAUAAUCUGAAUCAAAAACCCAAUAUACGUAUGAAAGGUAAUAACAAUACAUUUGUUAACGCUGUAAACCUCGAUGCUCCCGUUUUGGCGGGUGUUUCGGCGCUCAGCAGCAUCACGAAUGCCGGUGGAUCUUCCAGUAGCGGAUCCAGCAGUGGAUCUUCUGGAAGCGGAUCCUCCUCUUCGGGAGCUUUGGGUGGACUAAGUGGUCUCACAGGAGGCUCAGGAUCCUCUUCAGGUGGCCUUCUCGGAGGUCUCCUUGGCAAUGUCGUUGGCGGCGUGGUACCCACUGUUGGUGGAGUUGUCGGCGGCGUCGUUAAAACCGUGGGGCCCGUUCUUGGUGGAGUCGUGAACACAGUGGAACCCGUUCUUGGUGGAGUCGUGAACACAGUGGAACCCGUUGUUAGCGGUCUGGUUGGCACCGUUAGCGGACUUCUUGGUGGUGUUACUGGCGGUUCUUCUAGUUCCUCAAGUCCUCUAGGGGGCGUUACCAACCUUUUGGGAGGCGGUUCUUCUAGUUCCUCAAGUCCUCUAGGGGGCGUUACCAACCUUUUGGGAGGCGGUUCUUCUAGUUCCUCAAGUCCUCUAGGGGGCGUUACCAACCUUUUGGGAGGUGGCAGUUCCGCCUCAAGCGGUUCCUCCUCCAUAAUUGGCAACAGUGCCAGCAGCGGUGCUAAUACUUUCAUCGCUGGCAACAAUAACAACAUCGUACGAUUGGUGGACCUCAAUGGAUUUGUCCUUGCUGACAUUCCCAUCUUGAGCAGCAUAACUAACCUUUUGGGAGGGACAGGACUAAUCGGAAACUCAGCCAACAAGGGUCCAAAGACUGUGGUUAUCGGUGACAAUAAUCGUAUCGUGAAGCUGAUCAACGUUGAUCUGUGGGUGUUGGCUUUCCUCGACGUUCUCAACAUAAUCCGCGGAAGUGGAGGUGUUUGCAACCAGCUUAACUCUGGACCUAACACCGAGAUCAUUGGCAAUAACAACGAUGUGGUUCAACUGGUUGAUGUGGAUUUGAGCGUGUUGCUUGUGGUUGAUUUGCUGAGUCACUUGAUCACCAAUGUGGCCAAUGACUGCAGCGGCACCACGACAGUUACACCCAUUACAAGUCCACCCACUCAGCCACCUACUGAGCCGCCAACGCAGCCUCCCACUCAGCCACCUACUCAGCGCCCAACUGAGCCACCUACUCAGCGCCCAACUGAGCCACCUACUCAGCCCCCAACUGAGCGCCCCACCUAUGGGCCUCCCACCAAUGAGCCUCCCACCAAUCAGCCUCCCACAAAUCAGCCUCCCACCAAUCAGCCUCCCACAAAUCAGCCUCCCACCAAUCAGCCUCCCACCAAUCAGCCUCCCACCAAUCAGCCUCCCACAAAUCAGCCUCCCACCAACCAACCUCCUACCAAUGAGCCACCCACCAACAGGCCACCCACCGAUCAGCCACCCACCAACCGCCCACCAUCGCCUAGUCCCAACAACUGCUAUCGCAGAUACUGCCGCAAGUGGCGCACUCGUCCCAGCUACUUGUGCUACAAGAACUGCGGUGGUGCCUUCGUCUACAAGCCCUAAAUCAGUAACAGUGCACCGCCACCGCCACCACUACCGAAACCGAGAGAACCACCGAAACCACUGGCUGCACAGGUACUCAAUCUUGUUAUGCGUGGCUCUGCCAGCCUCACUGCCUUUGGGCAUUUAUUUAUUUUUUGUACUUUCUAAGCAAAGGUUGUUUAAUUUAUUUAAAAUAUAUUAUAAAAAUUGAAUCAAUAA